GAGUGUCAACACGAACAUUGCUGUCAGUCUUAUGUUACCUGUCGGGUAGUGUAGGUGGUAGAAAUUGGAUCGGCGAAAUCCUAACUUCUUCCUUGAAUAUGGCAGUGUCACCAAUGGCUACUAAUGUUGGAGCUGGUGGGCGCACGGUGAGUCGUGGUGCCCUGUCAGCUAGCAGACCAGUAGGCUCCGGUUCUUCUACUGUGAGACAGCGCAAGCCUGCCACCACCUCCUCAACUGCUGCCAGAACUACAGCUUCCACCGGUGGCAUGUGGCGAUUCUAUACUGACGACUCUCCUGGUAUCAAAGUAGGACCCCUGCCCGUGCUCGUUGGAUCACUAGUGUUCAUCGCUACCGUCUUCAUGCUACACAUCUGGGGCAAAUACACCCGAUCUUAGAGCAGCAGCGGCUUCCGUGAUAUCUUAUAUGUUGUGUUGCAUAAAUCACUCUAUAUUUAUUGUAGAGACGGUAUAGUCUGCUUAAUUAAUCUUUGUUGCAAUAUGUUUGCCUGAGAGGGUUAAGAGAGCUUUCAUUCCAACACGUGUGAGUCAAGCUCGGUGCUCAUGGCGUCAUUUUCAUCUCAAUUUUUUCAUUUUCAUUGUUCAAACUUAUUAUGGGUCGCGUUAUAUUUUUAUUGUAUUUUUAUUCACUUUUUUUGACUUUGUUUGGGAAGAUCUCGUGUGACAGUUUCGAUAGUAUUUUAAUCGACCUCAUCUGUUGACUAUUUUUGUGCUACUCUUCCCACUAAGGUGUAAGCAAAGAAAGCGUCGCAUACUUGAGAUACUGAGUACUAAGAAGAAGCGAAUUUCAUAAGAAAACUUUACUCGUUAC